AUGGACCAUCACGCCAAGGCGAAGAAGACCGGAAAGGCACGUAUCCCCGACCAUCUGCGACGACGAGCUCUGGUCAGCUGCGAUCGAUGUAAGAAGAGGCGCAUACGCUGCUCGCGUUCCAGUGGCAGCGAUCAAAAUGAGCCAUGCCAGAGCUGUCUCGAGGUCGGCGUGCAAUGCGAAUCGACCUUGCCUCGAAAGACUCGAAUAUAUGGCAGCGUUGAGACCCUCAGUAUACGGUAUAGGGUUCUGGAUGCCCUGAUCAAAGGCCUAUACCCGCAGAAGGAUACCAAUAACAUCGAUACUCUAUAUGCGAUUGCAGAAGCUCACGAUAUUGCAAUACCUACAUUUGACGAGCAAACGGUGGCGGAAGAGGUUUUCAGUCAACCUCCCAAACCAGCUGCUUCCUCUCCUCAACACUCUGCAGGAAGCGCAGGAAGUCCGUCGAUUGCAUCAAGAGACUCCGAAAGUGUACAUCCAGAUGGAAAGUCAGGCAAGGUUGUGGAAGAGAAGUUGGUUCCUAUGCCCCAAGGACCAUCUCACUAUAUUGGGCCGUCAAGCUCUUUUGGAUUCGUGCUUACAGUUCGGAACAUGGUCGCAGAGUUCAAUGCUGCAUUGAGAAGCAUACAGCCGGAUGACGAACGUGCAAAGAUUUCGUCUGACUUUGCAGCAUCGAACUGGAGCAAGGCCUUGGAACCUAUUGUCAAGGAAGAGAGCGAGGACUCAUCCGAAGACAACAUUGAUCGAAGCUUAGGGGAGCCAUCUGGAAGGAUACCAACUCGCAAAUCUCGUGCGCCAUCUUUGCUGAAGAGAACCACGGUUCUCUCCCUCCUUCCUAGCAAAGAAGUCACAGACACUUUCCUUGAAACUUAUUUUGACAGAGUUCAUCCAAAUUAUCUCUUGUUUCACCGACCGACGUUUCAGAUGAGGUACGAAGCUAUGUGGUCACAACCACAGGCUCUCAUGCGCGACCUUGAACCGGGAUGGAUCUGUUGCGUCUUCAUGAUUUUGGUUUUCGGCGCUCAGGCACUGGAGGAACGGGACGCAAGACAAUCAAUGCAAAUACAACGGCAUUACCUCCAACUCGUCCAAGCUAGAAUGCACCAACUCAUCAGCGCUACCACUCUCAUCAACGUCCAAGCGAUUCUCUUACUCCAACUUUAUCAGCACAACUGUACCGAGCGCAACAGUGCGUUCAUGUUACUAGGAUGUGCUUCCCGGAUGGCGAUGGCUUUGGGCAUGCAUAGAGAAGGGACUUCUGGAGGCUUUGACGAUAUGGAGAGGGAGGUACGGAAGCGUGUUUGGUGGACAGCUUAUAUGUUUGAGCAAAAUCAGUGCGCGAUUCUGGGUAGACCUUGUGCAAUUGAUGACUCCGAAGUCAAUGUCAGCUUCCCCGACGAGCUCAUGCUUGAUGGUGGAUCUUCAGUACCGCCAGGAUACAUCGAAUAUUCUGUCCGACUUAUGAAGCUUCUGUCGGAUAUCAGACGAAAAAUCUACGCUGCACAGACCGGUUCGACCCAGCAGGGAGAGCAUCCAAAGAUGGGCAUCGCCGUUCAAUUCUUGCUUGAUCUAGAUUCUUGGCAUCACAGCUUACCUCCAGCUCUUCGUCUCGAAUGCAUGUCACCUGUUCCCAAGCAUCGUCGAGCCAUUAUCCUUCUUCAUGUUCACUUCCACAACACCCAAGCCCUGGUCACGCGACCAUUUAUCCUUCGAAAGGUUGGAGUCCAGCUAGCACGGAAACUUGGCAGACAUGUUCGUUCUCAGGAUCUUGACAAGGAAGAGCUAAAUUUAAGUCAUGCUUGUGGGACAUAUUCGAUGAAGUCGGCUCUCUUGUUGCAUCAAUUGAUUGCGAAUGGAAUGUUUGAUGGUGUUCAGUGGGUAGAUGCUUACUACAUCUACCAUUCAGUCUUUAUUCUCGCUCUCGACUUCCUGGCCAGACCAUGGGAUGAGCAAGAUACACCAGAAGAUCAUGCUCGUAAGCAGGCUGUCCGAGAUGUCAUGGGGGCGCUUCAAAGAGUCAAAUUGUGUCCCACCUUCACAGUCUUAACUCAAGUGUCUCUACAACUCGCAAAGAUUGUGGGCAUCUUCGAUACGCAACCUAGCCAACCAGAACAACCCGAACAAUACCGACAAUACAUGGAACAACAACAAGGCGCGAUCCACUUCGAUUAUGGUGCACAGCCACAGGGUCAGUCUGGAAAUGUAUUGCAGACAUGGUUUCAAAAAGAUCCGGUUGACUUACCUUGGGACUUGAAAGACUUCUUUGGUACGGACACUUAUGUUGCACCAAACCAGAUGCCUCCUGAGCAUGGCUACCCUGGGAUGCCAAUGACCAUGGCUGGGCCUGGAGCUACACUGAGUGGGAAUUACCACAAUCACCUUCCUGAGGUUGCUGAGGGAGAGGAUUUGCUUGCACCCGUUCCACCGCAUACAGCUUACACUCAAUGGGGAGCAAUCGAUACACCUUUUGCUCAGCAUCAUGGGAGUAUGUCGAAGCCGCCACUCAAUCACAUGGGUCAACCAUGA